UCCUUUCCCAGAGAGAAACUUGGCGAUCACGUUUUCACAUGAUGCUCACGCUCAGGGCGCUUCAAUUAUCCCUCCCCACAAAGAUAGGUGGCGCGUGUUUCAGGGUCUCUCUUCUCUCCCCUACAGAAAAGAAAAAGAAAAAAAUGUCAUUAGAAGAGGCGUAACACGUCAGUCCGUCCCCAGGUUUGUGUUUCCUGGAGUGGCCGAAAAGAGAUCAGUUCUAACCUGCUCGGCAGGAAUAACGGUCCUGCCUCCCGACACUCUUGGCGAGGUUUUGUACAGUUUGCUCCGGGAGCUGUUUCUUCGCCUCCACCUUUUUCUCCCCCACACUUCGCGGCUUCUUCAUGCUUUUUCUUCUCACCAUUUCUGGCCAAAACUACAAACAAGACUUCGCAGAUCGAGCCUGCGUGCUGCCGAAGCAGGGCGCCGAGUCCAUGCGAACUGCCAUCUGAUCCGCUCUUAUCAAUGAAGCAGCCGAUCAUGGCGGAUGGCCCCCGGUGCAAGAGGCGCAAACAAGCCAAUCCCAGGAGGAAAAACGUGGUGAACUACGACAAUGUAGUGGACACAGGCUCUGAAACAGAUGAGGAGGAUAAGCUUCAUAUCGCGGAGGAGGACGGUAUCGCAAACCCUCUGGACCAGGAGACCAGUCCGGCUAGCAUGCCCAACCAUGAGUCCUCCCCACACAUGAGCCAAGCUCUGCUACCAAGAGAGGAAGAAGAAGAUGAGAUAAGGGAGAGCGGAGUGGAGCACAGCUGGCACACCAGUGAGAUCCUGCAAGCCUCUGUAGAUGGUCCAGAAGAAAUGAAGGAUGAUUAUGAUGUUCUGGGGCCAGAAGCCACGAUCCAGACCACGAUUAACAACGGUACAGUGAAGAACGCAAAUUGUACAGCAGACUUUGAGGAGUACUUUGCCAAAAGAAAACUGGAGGAACGCGAUGGUCAUGCCGUCAGCAUUGAAGAGUACCUUCAGCGGAGCGACACGGCCAUUAUUUACCCAGAAGCCCCUGAGGAGCUGUCUCGCCUUGGCACGCCAGAGGCCAAUGGGCAAGAAGAAAAUGACCUGCCACCUGGAACUCCAGAUGCUUUUGCCCAACUGCUGACCUGCCCCUACUGCGACCGCGGCUACAAGCGCUUGACGUCGCUGAAGGAACACAUCAAGUACCGCCACGAGAAGAAUGAAGAGAACUUUUCCUGCCCUCUUUGUAGCUACACGUUCGCCUACCGCACCCAGCUCGAGCGGCAUAUGGUGACGCACAAGCCAGGGACAGAUCAGCACCAAAUGCUAACCCAAGGAGCAGGUAACCGCAAGUUCAAAUGCACGGAGUGCGGCAAGGCCUUCAAGUACAAGCACCACCUGAAGGAACACCUAAGAAUUCACAGUGGUGAAAAACCUUAUGAAUGCCCAAACUGCAAGAAACGCUUCUCCCAUUCUGGUUCCUACAGUUCACACAUCAGCAGCAAGAAAUGCAUUGGUUUAAUCUCAGUAAAUGGCCGCAUGAGAAACAAUAUCAAGACGGGUUCUUCCCCAAAUUCUGUUUCUUCUUCUCCCACUAACUCAGCCAUUACUCAGUUGAGGAACAAGUUGGAAAAUGGAAAACCACUUAGCAUGUCUGAGCAGACAGGCUUACUCAAGAUUAAGACAGAACCACUAGACUUCAAUGACUAUAAAGUUCUUAUGGCAACGCAUGGGUUUAGUGGCACUAGUUCCUUUAUGAAUGGCAGCCUCGGAGCCACCAGCCCUUUAGGUGUGCACCCGUCUGCUCAGAGUCCAAUGCAGCACUUAGGUGUAGGGAUGGAGGCCCCUCUCCUGGGAUUUCCCACUAUGAAUAGUAAUUUGAGUGAGGUACAAAAGGUUCUACAGAUCGUGGACAAUACGGUUUCCAGGCAAAAGAUGGACUGCAAGACUGAAGAAAUUUCGAAGUUGAAAGGUUAUCACAUGAAGGAUCCAUGUUCUCAGUCAGAAGAGCAAGGAGUUACUUCUCCCAAUAUCCCGCCUGUUGGUCUUCCAGUAGUGAGUCAUAAUGGUGCCACUAAAAGUAUUAUUGACUAUACCUUAGAAAAAGUUAAUGAAGCCAAAGCUUGCCUGCAGAGCUUGACUACUGACUCAAGGAGACAGAUCAGCAACAUAAAGAAAGAGAAGCUGCGUACUUUAAUCGAUUUGGUCACCGACGAUAAAAUGAUUGAGAACCACAGCAUAUCCACUCCGUUUUCCUGCCAGUUCUGUAAAGAAAGCUUCCCAGGCCCCAUUCCCCUGCAUCAGCAUGAGCGCUACCUGUGCAAAAUGAAUGAAGAGAUCAAGGCAGUCCUGCAGCCUCAUGAAAACAUAGUCCCCAACAAAGGCGGAGUGUUUGUGGAUAAUAAAGCCCUCCUCUUGUCAUCUGUACUUUCUGAGAAAGGACUGACAAGCCCCAUCAACCCGUACAAGGACCACAUGUCUGUACUCAAAGCGUACUACGCUAUGAACAUGGAGCCCAACUCUGACGAGCUGCUGAAAAUCUCCA